UAUCAUUAGGCCUUUAAUCACCAACACAGUUAGGCUACAAACACGCAUGUGCAAUAUUCGACAAACAGGACGUAAUGAACCGGUCAAUCAUCAAUGACGUUAUAGUGUGUCUGUCAUACAGUCAGUAUCAGUGUGUCGGCAAAACAAAACAUUCCGCGGCUUGAGUAAACCUUGCGUGGCAGAGAAAAGGGUAGAGUAUUUGCCUCAGGCAAGAAGACUAAACACGCAUAGCCUACUCCGUUACCACUCUUCGAUGGCACUGAACGGGAAAGUAGCAGUCGUUACCGGUGGCGCGCAAGGUCUUGGAAAAGGCUUUGCUGAAGUUCUUCUGAAACACGGGGCUAAGGUGUCGCUUUUUGAUGUGAGUGAAGACUCGGGUAACGCCACUAAGGCUGCCUUUGACAAAGAAUUUGGACCUGACCGAACUUUGUUCUGUGUUUGCGAUGUGACCUCAGAAAAACACUUCAAAGAUGCUUUCCAAAAAACCGUGCAGAAGUUCGGUGGCAUUGACAUCGUUUGCAACAAUGCGGGAAUCAUAAACGAGACAGACUGGGAGAAAACUGUGGCCAUCAAUCUGAGUGGCGUGAUCAGAGGGACUUACUUGGCCGUGGAUCACCUGAAGAAACAGAAUGGGGGUAGAGGGGGCGUCAUCAUCAACAUCGCCUCAAUGGCAGGUCUUGGUCCUUUACCGACGUGUCCCGUCUACACUGCUACCAAACAUGGCGUGGUUGGCUUCACCAGAGCCAUGGCGAUGGCCUCAGAGUAUUCGGGCUACGGUGUGCGCCUCAACAUGAUCUGCCCCAUAUUUGUGCGGACGGAGCUGCUGUCCAGUCUGGACACGGAGGAAAGGGCUGGAGAUUUCUACCACCUCAGAGACAUCAACCAGAAACUCCUGGAGAAAUUUGGCACUCUUGAAGUAUCUGAUGUCACCAAGGCGUUUGAGAAGCUGGUUCUAGAUGAAAGCAAAAACGGAGCUGCUCUCUACGUCAGAACGGAGGGAGCUGAAUAUGUGAAGUUUCCAACUGCCGAGGACACGGAGGAGAAGAGCAAACAGUAACAUACUAACUCUCUCACUCACACACAGACACUCAGCCACACACAUCGAGACACCAGACAGCCAACACAAGCCACGGAGGGGUUGAUGUUAAGGAGAUGGCAGUAUUAUGCGCAAGAUGGACGAUGUGUGGAGAGCUGGGUAGUGCACAGAGCACAUUAAACAUUCACUGUUUAAAUUCAAUCUUAUAAUGCCAAAAACCAAAGAAGCUAUAAAUCCAACAAACUGGUCAACACAUGUCCAAUAGGAUUACAUGCAAGUAAACGAAAUCCAAAAUUGAGUCGCUGUAGCACUUAGAUAAACACCUGCAUGAUAAGUUGUUUUCCAUAGUAAACAAUUUCUUCUCUGUUUGCCUAUGGUGUUGUUCCAGUUUGAGACCAAACUUCGGUCGAUUUAUAAUCCAGCUGAUCGUUGUCACAAAAUACAGACAUAUCAACCAAUUUUUCUUUUUUUGGUCAGAAAUUCAAAAUAACAUAUAACUUCCACACAGCCAGAUGCUUCAAAUUUACUGCUAUAUGUGCCUUUUUAUGUAAAUAUACUGUAUUAUAAUUACUGCAACUGAAAACUCCUUAGUAUUUCAGACCAAAGCUUUUGGCUGAGAGCUCGCCUCGUCUCAGUUAGCAGCGGAGUUUUGUACCACACUAGACCACUGACUGAGGGACUUCAGAUAAAGAACUGUGCUGCUUAGAGAGCAUGAAAUGGACUGGUGGCCCACACACCACCCUCACAGCAUCUCUGAUAGCUCUCUUCUUUUUCUCUUUCCAAGAAGUAUCCCUGUAUCCCUGUACUGUCAUGACUGGGGCUUUUCCCCCUCGAAAGCAGGGCACCUGUAAUUACUUGCAGUUGUGGCUUGUUGUUUUCAUGUUCUUUUGGCCCGAAGUUGGAAGUGAGUCAUUGCUUGAAGGGCUUGUUUUGAUUAGCGUUUCCCAGAGAGGGACGUGGCCCACUGAUGUUGUGCCCAGAUGUUGUGCCUAGAUGUGGCCUUCAGCAGGGCCCGCAUGGUGCGCUAGGACAGAAACCAUCUGGAGGUUUUUCAUGGGCUCAUUUAACGACCUCGGAAGGAGGAAUGUCUACUUUCAUCUUCACUAUCUUUACCUUAGUCUUGGCUAUCUUCACAAAGAAGCAAUGGAAGAAGUGUGUGCUUGUUUCAGAAAAAAACAGAAAAACACAUUCAUGUAGACAUCUUUGCUUGUCUAAACGAUAGCCAGGUUGUGGUGACAAUAACCGGGUUGAUCUAAUUAUGUUAUGUGUGUGAUUGUAUAAUAGCCUCAUGUUAGCAUGUAUGAGGACAUGGACUGCAGGUUUAUUAACUGUAGUCUCAAUAUAUUAAAUAUAUUUUUUUUACUAUAAAAAGUGAUGUACUUGUUAACAUACUAUGUAACGUCACUAUUGCCAUGUAUUGGAAAGUUCUGAAAUUAAAAUAAAAUUAAAGACUAUUCUUCUCA